CGACGACGGAAGCACCACGCUUGACGAUUAAGGGCAGCAAGUUCACAGCACUUCGUUUGGUGGGUUUUAUGUUGGCGUGGUUAUGUGUUUCCUGGUUUUGUGUCGUUUAGUUUACAGUCCGGUUUAAUUUGCGUCGAGCGGUUGUGUUUUUCUUGUGCAAAUAAGUGUUCCUUACCGCAAGUGUGUGAAUGAUUGUUUCGCUGGCAGUCUCCGCACCGAAAGCCAGAUAUUCCGUCCAUUAUUACUUUCUAUUCAGCACGCGUAUUCCGUUCGUACUUCCGUGUUUGUUAUCUGAGGUGGAGCUGCCCCAAAACCCCUGCAACACGCGUGUGUGUGUGUGUGUUCUGUCCAGUCAAAGGUGGAGUGGUCCAAGAAAUCCGGUCAUUUUGUUCUGCUGACGCUGGCGAUCUAAAGCAGCAGCGUACAGCGACGAUGAGCAAAGCAAUCCCCGUGACCGUGAACCGUGAUUGAAAAGAUUCUAAGCCGCCUUCGGAGACGGAGGAGAACGUUUCCACUGGUAUCCACGCAAGCAGAACCAGCAUCAGCAGUGUGCCGGAGGAGAAACAGAAGCAUCAUCAAGUUUCCGAUUCCCGUUAGAAAGCCCUACAUCGUCACCAGCAGCAUCUAGUAGGGCUAAGGGGGCGACGACCGGCGCAGCACGGAACGGGGAACCCGAAGAAGGAAGGGUAUGAAGUUGGAGGCCAACAUUCAUCUGCAGCAGCAGCUUAGCAGCGGCGCAGAGGACAAGCACCAGCAUCAGCAUCCGCUACAUUCGGUCAGCAACCUGCAGCACCUGUCGCAGUUGAACAGCAUGAGCAUCGAACUGUGCCUGGUGUGCGGCGAUCGGGCCUCCGGUCGGCACUAUGGCGCAAUCAGCUGCGAAGGCUGCAAGGGAUUCUUCAAACGCUCGAUCCGGAAGCAGCUCGGUUACCAGUGCCGCGGGUCGAUGAACUGCGAGGUGACCAAGCACCACCGGAACCGGUGCCAGUACUGUCGACUGCAGAAGUGCCUCGCCUGCGGCAUGCGCAGUGAUUCGGUCCAGCAUGAGCGCAAACCGAUCAUCGACAAGAAGGACGGCCAGUCGGGCCCGAACCCGAACAGCAAGUACAAUCCGCACCGGAACAAGGAGUACCACCAUCACCAUAGCGCCAGCAACAGCAGCCAGGAACCGGUGGUCAAGUCUUCCCCGGCGGCCUCCGCAGCGGCCGCCGCCUCGCUGUUCAACUAUCUGCCCGGGUUUAGCUUUGCCGAUUUCACGGCGACACUCAGCAAACGUUCGGCGGCAAACAAAUCGCCCCCGUUGUCGCUGGCCAGAGACCCGUCGGUGCAACAGCAACAACAGCAGCAACAACAACAACAACAGCAACACCAGCAACAACAACAACACUUAGCACAAUCAAGCUCUUCCGCCGCCACUCACCAACUCUCGUCGCUUUCGGCCGCAUGCGGCGGGGGUGGCGUUGUUUCCGGUGGUCCGGUCAGUCCCUUCGGAAGUCUCCAGUCGGCGCUCAAAACGGAAGCAGGUGAAACGGGUCUCGGAUCAGUGUCGACCAGUGCAGCCGAUUCGAUUGCGGCCCUUAUCGGACUGAACACUUCGGCGGCGGUUGCUGCCGUGGCGAUGUCGGGCGUUGGGGCCACGCUGAGUGGCCGACCACCGAGUGCUACCACUGCCGCAUCGCUGCUCGGUGAGGUUGCGGAUGGAGUGGGCGGAAGCCUUCGAGGAAGCGCAUCUUCGAACGUUGGUGGAGGCAUUCACUUUCCGUCCCUCACGGCGAUGGACACAAGCGAUUCGAGCUCGGUGGACAAAUCGCUGCUGUGUAGCUCGCUCGAGUUCAUCCAGAGCAUGGAGCAGGAGUUGAACAGCAAUUUGAACAACAACUUUGGCAUCAAAACGGAACUGAACAAUGGCAACGAUGAGGAGUGCAUCGAGUACGACUACGGAGGGAUUGGGCGGGGCGAACCGGUGUUGACGGAAAACUGCAUCAACUUCGAGAUCCAGGUGCCGAACGUGUUGCCAAACUAUCUGAGCUUGCACUACGUUUGCGAGACCGGUUCUCGGUUGCUCUUUGCCACCGUGCACUGGAUGAAGAAGAAUCAUAUCUUCCAAAUGCUAAGUGAUGCCUUCCAGGGUGAACUGGUGCGUCAGGUAUGGCCGGAGCUGUUCAUGAUCGGGCUUGCGCAAAGCAGUGGCCAGUUGUCAUUCAACACGAUCAUGCUGGCCCUUAUCCAGUACAUGAAAACGGUUAUCCUGAACAAAAAGUUCAGUGGUGAGGUCAUCAGCUACCUAAUGAAAUACAUCCUGCUGGUCCAGGAGCUCGUCAACGAUCUGCAGAAGUUGAAUCUGACCGACCAUGAAUAUGCCUAUAUGAGACUUUUGACGAUCUUCAAUCCAGAUAACAUCCUACAGGACAACGGAAAGAAUCAGCAUCUGGCCAAGAUUCAGGAGCUCGUUUUAAGCUCUUUCCGGGAGUACUACCGCACCAAGCACCGCCGGCUGGUGGCCAGCGAAAGCGAAGAGAAUCUGCGCGCCAACACGGCCACCAGCGGGGCCGAUGAAGAAGAUCCGGACGAUGACGACGAGUACUAUGCGCGUAGUGUACAAUCUCAACACCACCAGCAUCAGCGGGCAGCAACGCAGGACUUGCGUAUGAUGAAGCUGAUGCUGAAACUCCCAACACUCCGGGCACUCAACUCGAAGCGCGACCUGGAAGAUCUUUUCUUCAGCAACCUGAUCGGUCAGGUGCAAAUUGACAGCGUGCUAACGUACGUGCUGCAGACGAACGAUGGAGCGCUUUCGUUCGCGAAUCUGGUGCACAAGUUCGAGCCGGCAGGAGGGAAUAACGGAAUCGGUGGACUCGUGACCGGCGGUGCACACAGUUCGGCGAUGGAUAGUGACGAGUAGGGAGACAAGAAAGAACUGAUUGAUUGUUGGUAAUGUGGAGUGGGACCAUUAUUUUGGCCAGAGUUCACAAACUCUCACGUUUCUUAUGCUCCCCCGACGUGUUGUUGGUUGAACCACCGAAAGUGCAUUCUAAAGCUUAAGGCAACUAAGAAAUGGCAGAUAGAUGUUGUCUCCCAAUCAUGAAUAUCUGAAGAUGCAGGUAAAACACAUCUUUCUUUUCCACUCCGUUACGGAUCUAAACUCUAUAUGGCAUUUUUAUUUCUUUUAUUUGUUUAUAUAACUUGAUUUUCUUCGCAACACCUCCAUCCUAUGGUCGUUGUUUGCCUUUUAAAGUGCACAAAAACGUGACAAUCACUAGGGACGUUAACUGUAGUUGAUUCAUGCCUCUUCCGGGUGGUGAUUGCAUAGAAAGUAUUAUUAGCUCGAUUGAUUUCAUUUUGCCAAAACGACAACAUGAAUUAAAAGCUCAGUGAAUAAUGAUUUAUUAUCAAACGAGAAGAGCGCACGCUUCAUUCACAAUCGAGGUGUCCGUAUCGUCUGUCCAUUUAAAUGUUAACUUUUUUUCAAUUAACAUUGUUAGAUACUUUUGUGUGGCACAUUGCAGGAAAAACAAUAUAUGUAUAUUUAAGAAAAGUAUAGAAGACUAAGUGCACGCACGUGGCAGAUGGCGUGCGUGGAAAAUUUGUUAAAAAUCCUCCCAACACACUUUUGUACUUGAAGACGAUGGCGUACAAGAACCACCUUAUAUAUUAAAUUAUAUAUAACUUUUGCUUUGGCGAGAAAACAAAACCCGUACCUGAAGAAGGUAUUAGUUGUUUAGAAAACGACUUACUUGUAGCUUGUAUUUAGCGUAGUAGAAAGCGAUGCCGAGAGUGUGCAAGGCAAAGGAAAGGAAAAGGCGUGCAGGAAUAAGAUUACGAAGUGACUGCGGUAAAUGGAAAGAAAACAAUAUAUUAAAGCGCAACUUCUCACAAUGUAGUGAAACAGAACCAAACCACUUACACGAGGAGAAACAUAGAUAAAAGGAAGAGAUACAAGAGGAGUGUUAUUAGCG